AUGUCUUUUGACCCACACAACGUCGACCUCGACGAAGUCGACCAAAGAGAAUUAAUCUGCUACCUGAACGCCGAAGGCAAUGAAUACGACGGCCGUCUCAGGCGCACCGCAGCAACAUUUUUCCCCGUCGUCGCAAAACGGGUACCCCGCCUCCGCAUCCCUCUCUACGUCUACCUAUUCGCAAAGUACUUCGGUGCCGGCGUCAUCGUCGCAACAGCCUUCAUCCACCUCCUCGACCCAGCCUAUGAUGAAAUAGGACCCGCCAGUUGCGUCGGUAUGACCGGAAACUGGGCCCUAUACUCCUGGUGCCCUGCCAUCGUGCUCACCUCGUUGAUGAUAAUUUUCCUCAUGGACUUCGGGGCGGAGCGGUGGGUUGAGAAGAAAUAUGGUCUUUGUCGCGAUGACCCGGAGCCCAUUAUGGCGCAGGGUGUUGCUGUUCAUAACGACCAUGUCCACGUCAACCCCAAUGGAUUGUCCCAGGAUGCAACGGGUCUCGACAAGGACGGCGCUCGCAGCGAUGAUGCGAAGCUAAUGCGUGAAUUGGAAGAACAAUCGAACGACGACGAUUCGUUCGUCGAGCGCUCCUUCCGUCAGCAAAUUGCCGCCUUCCUGAUCCUCGAAUUCGGAGUCAUUUUCCACUCUGUUAUUAUCGGGUUGAAUCUUGGUGUUUCGGGCGAUGAGUUUGCUUCGCUUUAUCCCGUUCUCGUCUUCCACCAGUCCUUCGAAGGUCUGGGUAUUGGCGCGAGAAUGUCUUCUAUCCCCUUCAAGAAGGGAAGUUGGUUGCCCUGGUUCCUUUGUACCGCGUAUGGACUCACUACUCCUAUCUCCAUCGCUAUUGGUCUGGGUGUGCGCAACACGUACAAUCCCGGCUCGUAUACUGCGAAUGUCGUCUCUGGAGUGCUGGAUGCGAUCUCGGCGGGUAUUUUGAUUUAUACCGGUUUGGUGGAAUUGCUUGCCCGUGACUUCUUGUUUGAUCCCCACCGUACUCGUGAUGAUAAGCGUUUGACCUUUAUGGUGUUCUCGCUGCUGCUCGGUGCUGGUAUCAUGGCUCUUCUGGGCAAAUGGGCUUAA